AUGGCUUCUGCUCCUAAUGACGAAGACAAUCCUGUUACCAAUCCGCCUCCCAAGCAAGUUGCUAACCCUUCUUCCGAUACAGAAACUUCCGACAAGCAGCUCAACGAAGCCAAAACUAACAAGACUCCUGUUGCUGCUACAAACACCAAUCUUGCUGAAGCCACUGUUCCUGCCAUCGUUGAUACUCGUCCCUCCAGGACUUGUCGCUCUCAGUACCGCAAAGAUACUUUGGAACUAAAAAUCUCGGCUGCUAAACCUUCUCUUCCUUUUGGUGCUGCUAAGAAGCCUCCUCCGGCCCCACCCGUCUCUUCUGUUGCCGAUGCGAAUGUCAAAGACCGCAAGCCUAAACCAGCCUUGUUCUCUUCUUCUGCAAGCGACUCUUCCUCCAGCUCUAGCACCGACACUCCUCCUAACAAAAAACGCAGCAAAAGAAACAAGAAGAAGAAAAAACAGAAAAGAUCUUCUCGCAAGACCAGCAAGCGUUCGGGCAUAACCCACAAGCCCCGUUCUUCGUCUAACGCCAAUCGUUCCGGCCAAUCCAAGACCGAUUCUAAUCAUUCUGAUGAACAGACCUUGUCCAGCAUUGAUGAUGCUUCUUCCAACUCAGCUUCCACUAAUUCAGACCAAAACAAAGACCAGUCUGCGCCCAGCAACAAGCGCACUAAGCAGCACCACAGCAAGUCGGAUUCGUCCAUUCAGACUCAGCCGACUUCUUCUCGUAAAAAAGGGUCCAAGGCUUCUUCUGUGCUUCCUGCUUCUGUUGCCAAUGCUACUGGAGCGUCCCGCCCUACUUUCCCCACCGGUCCUGCAAAUAUCCCUGCAGCUGCUUCUCUUCGUGGCGGCAUUGCUGCAGUUGCUGCACCAGUUGGGCAAGGUCCAUCUGCGGCUGUUGCGGGACCGAUUCCUGCUCCUGUUCAUCCUGCAAAUGCUGCUAUUCCGCAGUUUCUGUUGCAGAAAGGCAAACCUGAUAUUGGAAGCCCACCCCGCGCGGGUACGUUCACUGCCGGCUAUGCGCGUGGGGUCCAGUUCAUCUGUUCCAAAACCCGCAGUAACGAUAUGAUCUGCAAGAUUAUGAAGGGAGACUCUGGUGCCUACGUCUAUCCUGUUUUGAAUUAUCUCCGCGAGAACCUCGGCUUUGCUAAGCGUGUCCUUCAUGUGGAUCACAUCUUGCACUUGCGUGAUCCCCAGGAGCCUCAUGAGCACUUGGAGGUGAUGUCUCGCAAUGGCUAUGGUCGCCGAACGACAUGCUUGCUUUUCAUUCUCGACAGCACCGGUCAAGCCAACGCCAACACGCCUCAAAACAGGCGUGCUUGGGUCGACUCCUUGGUUCGUUUCUGGAAUCACCCUAAUACCCAGCGUCUCUUUCGCUAUGCCGAGCGCGGACACUUCAGAGCUGAUCUCACCCCCCAUGAUGAGACUGCUGCUCAGCCAUUGUCCCACUGGCUUACUAUUCGCGACACCAUGGAUGUCAUUGUUGACUCCUAUCCUCAGUUUACUUCGAUUGGAGAUGUUCUACGUGCUCCUCUUGUCCUCCCCUUUUACUACGCCCAAGGUCUUAUCCCUGAAGUUCAAGCCCACUUUGCACCAUACAAUAACCCCCCCAACAACACUGACGGUGAGGCUCCAACUUUCAACGCGCAGGAGGAGCAAGGAGGUGACUAUGCCGGGUUUCGCGGUGUUGACUUCUGA